AUGAUUUCUGACUCAGACGAUGAUUACGUAUGGAUCGAAAAAGAAGGCAUUCCCGAACCAGUCUUUAUUACGGCGGCGUCGGACAAUCAUUUUCUCGAAGUUCAACGGCUGAUAAUCGACUUUCAAAGGGUAGUCCCGAAUAGGAGCGUCUUGUUCUACGACAUCGGCCUAAACGACGACAACGCGGAGAAAGUGAAAUCGUUCUGUAACGUGAAGUACAAGAAGUUUGAGUUCUGGAGAUACCCGGACUACGUACAAGACCUCAUGCAAUAUCGAUGGAAACUUCUGAUAAUCGCGGUAUGA